AUGCGUAUUGCUCAAAGUAGACAGAAAAGCUACGCCGAUGUAAGGCGUAGAAGCCUGGAGUUUGAGAUAGGGGACCCAGUAUUCCUCAAGGUGGCACCUAUGAAAGGUGUCUUGAGGUUCGAACGUAAGGGCAAGUUAAGUUCUAAAUUCAUUGGACCAUUCGAGAUCCUAGAGCGAGUUGGUCCAGUAGCGUGUAAGUUAGCCCUACCUCCCGCCCCCUCAGGAGUUCAAGAUGUAUUUCACGUGUCGAUGCUGAGGAAGUACGUUACGGACCCUAUCCACGUAUUAGACUACAACCACUCCAACUCAAUGAAGUACAAGGAAAUACUAGUAAAAUUUUUAGCUAGAGAAGUAAAAACCUUACGCAACAGGAAUAUUGCGUUCGUUAAG